AUCGGCCGAAAACACCCAAAAAAGCGAAGACGCCGAAGAAGGAGGCAAAACCGCCCGCGGGGCCGGUUUCCCUAGCGGACCAGAUGAUGAUGGACGGGGGGAAAUCGCCGAAACCGAAGAAAAAAGGCCAGCACGUGAAGAAGAAGAAAAAGAAGAAGGGCACCGCGACGCUGUUCGAUCCGCUGUACUACGCCCGAAGGAGGUCGUGCCCGGGGAAAAUUCUGCAGGACCCGAUGUUGUUGCAGCGGAAGAAAGCGGUUUUGAUCUUGGAAAGCGUCAUCUUCAAAGUCACGAAGCGGCUGCUCGACGAGGAGAACGCGCGGAUGCCCUGGACGGUGCUGGACGGGGUGCAGCCCGCGGAGGUCUUUGUAAGUGAAAAAACAGUGCCACCGCCGUCCCCAGUCGACAGCGACGACAGUCAGGGGGAAGUGGUCCCGUGGCACAGGAAGCGGAAGAGGGGUUGGAUUGAGUCCCCAGUGAGGAAGGGGAACAACAAAGAACCAGAGGAGGAUCAUUUUUCGGCUGCUGAGAAGAUAAGGGCAGGUGUACUUGUAACUACCACGACGAGACCCUCCAGUCGCAGUCCGGCUGAAACAUCGACAAGAAAUAAAGUCAUGCCAGCAACGUCGUCGGUGGAUCCGACGCUGCCGCGGCCAAAGGAGCACGAAGAACUAGCUGCCACUGAUCCCGGUGCGGACCUGUCCUCCGCAUCCGCAGGAGUCACUGGGGAGACUUUGAAAAAACCGGAUCCGAAAGCCAAACCGCGCUACGGAGGCUUCUUGCCCGCGCUAGAGGUGAAAGACGUCAGCUCAGCGUCGAACUCACCGGCGAAGAGCUCGCUGAUAGCCGGUGGACCACCAGGACCACAAAAACAGCAAAGUGGUUCGGAAAUCAUGAAGCGGACCAUCUCGAGGACGUCGAGAGAUGAACAACAAAACCAGCAGAGCAAGGGCGUCACUUUCGCGUCACAGAACUCGAUCCACCUGGUUUCGUCCGCCAAUUCGUCUGUGCAGCUGGACCGGAACAACGCAGCUGCUUAUGCAAGUAAUAGUGCGACAUCAUCAACAUCUUCGCAAAUAAAGAACUACAGUAUCAACCCCGCCAUCGAUCACGAAAUCCCGCCCAGUCCCGGCGAACUCCGCCUGGCCGCCGACGAUCUCUUGGAGCGCACCCAAGAGGGCAACGCGAUUCUGAACUUUUCCCGGCCGAAGGCGGUGCGCGUGCACGAUGUGGUCGGGGAGAAACGAGCGCACGAGGUGAUCCCGAGAACUUUCUCCCCGCGGACGGAAAAAGAGAAACGGGAGGCAAAACACAGUCGUUACGGAUUGCUGAAAGAGGAGAAGUAUGAAAUGCAAAAAUGUCUGGGUCUGGAAGAAUCUAACUUGUCAUGCUAAAUCAGAAUCAUUCAAAAAUUUGUGUUGCGUGAUUACAAAAAGCUGGCCGGCCACUUUUGACCUAAUCGAGAGGCAGUUUCUCAUGCAGGAUACGCAUGAUAGAACUGUCACAUAAUCUGUCAUGCUAUGUCCUUCAUACCAGACCUCAUGGGUCAUGGAAAACCUGCAUGACAAGUCUGCAUUCUUCCAGAUCCAGACCCAGACAUUUUUACAUUUGAUAAGAAGAACGUCGAAGCCAGCUUCUUCAAUCACGGCGGACCGAAGUACGCCCAUGCGCGGUCGCUUUACGACAAGAAGAUCCAGAACAAGUUCUACGGCGCCAAUUCCCGAACGGCGAGAACCGUCGCGGACGUUCUGGUCCUCGGCGAGGAAAUGAGCCGCAUUGACGUUACGAAGUCCGUCUUGGAGCAUAUGCAGUACAAUAAAAGCUAGCAUCCGGCGCAUCGUUUUACUAUUGAUUUUAAUUUCUCAAAAAGAAAAGCAUCAAAACUGCAGUUCUGUUUUUCAUGCCGGAAAUGAAGGUAUUGAAGAAACAACGAAUCUGUCAUGCAAGAAUGUGCCAUCGGGAUUUCCUGCCCGUAGACCACCAAAGUCAUGCAAGAAUUCUACUACGAGCAGUAUGCGAAGCGAUACUUUUGCACAGAAUAGAGCAGUUUAAACAGCAGAAGAACUGGCAGCUGUUGAAGAAUCCAGAGGAGGAGAUCGCGAACCAGUUCAUCGAGAAGCACAUUCUCGUUUCCGGCACGGGGUCGCUGGAGUAUUUCUUUCCGAAGAAUUUCGCCUUUGACAGUAACGAGCGAAAAGAGUUGGAGAAGUCUCUGAUGCUUGGCCCCAAUACAGAAGUCUUCGUCCCGGCGCACACGACCUCGAUGCCCAUCGCGUCGAUCGAUCUGAACCUGCCGGAAUUGGACCGGGGCGGCGCGAAGACGGCGGCGCGCACGACCAGUUUCCUGGAUGGCAUUGGGAACACCGAGGAAAAACGAGCGACGAGUCCGCGGAGGCAGUUUUACCACUGCUUGUAUGACAAGGCGGAUGAAGACGUCGCGAAGGCGCUCGAAUACGCGGAAAACCGGAACACCGCGAAAGCGAUUGCGGAGAAGUCGUUUCUGUCAUCACCCGGAAAAAAUAAAUCUGCGUCCUCGAAGGGUGGCGUUGGCGGGUUUUUGACCUCGUUGAAAGGCAGUGGUAGGAAGGACAAGGAAGUACCAGAGCAGAAACCGACGCCGUUCUCAUCUCCGAGUAAAAGAACUGCUUUCAGUAGUGCCGCAACAAGUACUCAUCCUAGACAAAGCCCGUCCAAGGCCUCCGUAGGUGGUUGUACUACAACAAUUACGGGAGCAAGGACAUCAACUUCGACCAUCGCCACCCCCUACCACUCCACCUCCUACACGACGUACUGUUCCCCGCAGAAGCAGGCGAUCAGUGUUUCGAAGAAGAAGAAAUCCUGCAACGUGGUGGUGCAAGGCGUUGCGGAUUGUUUGAUCAAGGAAACCGCUUUGGGGCUAGCACGAGACGACGCGCUACGGUCCGCGAAUUCGACGAAGCUGAUGCAGUGCAUCGUCCGGAAUCCGACACAGCCGGUGUACUUGUCGGCGUUGACCCCGCUGCAGUUGCAGUGGAAGCUAUCGCCAGAAAAAACUGUUUCACUGUAAACUUGUAUGUAAGGUGGCAGAAAAUAUAGGUCACAAGUAGUGUUUCUUGUCUUUGUCACAUGCAAGACAGUGGAUUUAUUUCACCUGCGUUUUCCCUGUAGGAACCUUGCAUGGAUGAAAUUUCCUCUGUCAUGUAGAGCGAACUUGUGAUGCAAAACCUGCAAAAAACUUAGUUACAGCGAAGCACUUUUUUCUCACGAUAGAAGCGGAUCGAGAUGUUUUUGGCACAGAUCGGGGUCAACCCCUUGCCGAAGCAGUUUCUGGUGAUCGGGGACAAGUUGAUGAAACUGUUACCCGGGAGCUCCGCCUUAAAAAAGUACGCGAGUGGGUUGCUGGGGAAGGCGGAACGAGCGGAAUUCAAGGCAAAGCAGAAAAGAUUAAUGGAGGAUAAGAAAAAGAAGGCGAUUUUGCAAUAUGAAGACCAAGGUCAAGGAGCUUCCGUCAGCGAGCAAAUGCAAAAAUCCUCCGAAGUGGAACCACAACUCGCCGCUCUCCAGAACGACCGUCCGGAGGAAGAGGAAUUCAGGUCUCUCCCGCCCCUGCAACACGUUUCCUCUUAUGCAUUGUAGAAGUUGUCUCGUACAUGUACUAGAACUAGUAGCAAUUCUUGCAAUACAAAUUAGGUUUGCAUGACAAAUGGACUUAGCGAGAAGUAAGGUAAAGAUAACAUAAGUGCCCGGGGAUGAAGAAAUACUCGCGAUGUUUUUUCGCGGUUCUGACCCUAGAUCUCCUGCGUCCGAAGCUGCUUGCGGCGACGGUGCAAAGGUUUUUGAUGUGGUGCAGUCGGGUAUGCAUGACAAAUGGACUUUGCCAUGCUGAUUUAGCUUGGGAAGGCGAUUUGUCUUGCAUGAUUGCGAUUAGGUGCAAUUGUUGCGAGUGCGAUACUUGUUUUGCAACGCAUAGCUGUGCCCCCGUGACGAUUCAGCUCCUGGGGAACAUCGACCGGGUGAUCUACGUCACCUCCACUCCGCAGGUCUUUUACCCGGCGGAGAUCGAAAACUUCGUCUUGUCCUUGGCUUCCAAACGGAUUCCCAAGCCUGACAACGUUUUGGAAGAUGAUCCGGAAGACGAAAUAGACACCGCAGGAGCUGCAGGGACUACCACCGGCGGAUCCACGAGUGGUGGUGAUGGAAAGACCAGUAGUACGAAGAUCAAGGGACCUGCGACACCGAAAUAUCGGAACCGGAGGGGGAUCGUGGGGCGGAAAUGGAAAACCAGGCUGCGAAUGAUGAUGAACUUGCAGACAAAGGGUGAUAGGGAAAGGCAACUAAAAAGGGAUCGAGAGAGGUGGAGGAAAACACAACACGGACAAAAUUUGGUAUAUUGUUGUAUCAUUUCUUCACUUUGUUCUUGACGUCGUGGUGUUUCUUUAGUAGUUUAUGCAGUUAGUUGCAGUUUGAUCAAUCAUGCUAUAAUUCGGCUUCUGGGACGGGAGGAGAUGAAUCUGAAAACUUCAUCUGACCGGAACCUGCUGUGCAGCAGAUCUUAUCUUUUUGGGGAAAAAGAGAAGGAUUUCGAUUUCCAAAAAUAAAAAUGAACAGGUUGACGAGUUCGUGGAGGACUGCGUUGUGAAAGGCCACCCGUCGAACUUGAAAGCCGACCGCAUUCAGUGUUUCCUCAUAACCGCAAACGACAUCACGAACGAGCAGAAGCAGCACCUGAGCAGCUUCGUCCUGAAGGAAGUUCGGGAGGCGAACAAAUUCCCCCGGUGUAUGCUACCGCGAGAGGUGAAGAUCCGCCGGUUGAAGGACACGAAGCGGGACAUCGUGACUGGGGAACUGUUAAUCGACUCGGUGAUGGACGUGUCGGCGAUGAAGGACAUGUUCAAGGAAAACCUGGAAAAGGGCCACAAAAUCGAACGGAAGUUGUACGACGAGGAACUGGAUCUCCGCGGCACGGAACGCGCGAUGGCCGAAUACUACAUCUACGAACACGCGAAGGCUCGGGUCGAAAAGCGGCAGGCGAAGUUGGACGCGCGGGAGGAGCGGAGACAGUUCUACAAGCUGGUGAGGGAAGAGUAUCUGGAAAAACAAAGAAUCAUGAGGGGGGAAAUUGAGGCGCACAACGAGCGGGAAUCGAAGGAAUUGAACGAAACGGAGGAAUGGGCAAGGAAGGUGGAGAACGGGGAGCGGGUUGACAUUCCUGAUUUCCUGAAUCUGGAAAAAGUUAGGGCAGAGGAAACUGCGAAAGAUGAUGCUGGUCGUAGUAGUCCUAACGUGGCGGAAAGCGGAAGAAUCGGAGCGUCUGUUGUGGUGAAGUCGGUGUCAGUCAGCGGGUCUGCAGUCGGGGAUGCGGAGGAGGAGAAGGGCGGUGGGACGGAAGAGAAAGUGGAAGACGCAUGAUUGAUUCACUUCUGACUAUGAGCUAAGCGCUAGCACAUCUUCUUGUGGAAGAUAGAAGAAGGUGUCGUGAAAAGGUUGAAUUUGAAUGAAGAUACUCAUACUUCUAGACGAGGACACCUUUGAUUUCUAUCUUGGACUCGGGCUGCUGAACUAGAAAUAGAUGCAACUACGACUUCCUGGUCACCAGGAAACGACCAAAACGCAGAUUGAGGAAAAAGCAAGUAUCGCCUAAAAUUCGAA